AUGUCUGUUCAAGCUGGUUCCAAAGUCAGUAACUCCACCUUUCUCCUUACGGGAUUCCCUGGCCUGGAAUGGGAAUACCCUUGGCUCUCCAUCCCUUUCUCCUGUAUCUAUACUAUGGUACUCUCAGGGAACUGCCUGGUGCUGCACGUGAUUCGGACAGAGCCGAGCCUGCAUCAGCCCAUGUUCUACUUCCUGGCCAUGCUGGCCCUCACUGACCUAUGCAUGGGGCUGUCCACAGUACACACAGUCCUGGGCAUCCUGUGGGGGCUCAGCCAGGAAAUUUCUCUGGAUGCAUGCAUUGCUCAAGCCUUCUUUGUUCAUGGUCUAUCAUGCAUGGAGUCUGGAGUCCUACUGGCUAUGGCCUUUGAUCGCUUCACUGCAAUCUCCAAUCCUCUGAGAUAUACAUCCAUUCUCACCAAUACAAGAAUCAUCAGCAUUGGUGUGGCCAUUUUAGGGAGGAGUUUCCUGUUCAUCACUGCUCCCAUUGUCCGCCUAAAGUUCUUUGAUUACUGCCGCCCCCACAUCCUCUCCCACUCUUUCUGCCUGCACCAGGACCUACUUCGGCUCGCCUGCUCUGACAUCCGCUUCAACAGCUUCUAUGCCUUGGCUCUGGUGAUCUGCACACUGUUUUUGGAUGCAGUGCUCAUUCUGGUCUCCUACAUCUUGAUCCUGCACUCAGUAUUGACUAUUGCAUCCCGGGAGGAGCGAUUCAAGUCCUUGCAGACCUGUGUCUCCCACAUCUGUGCAGUUCUAGUUUUCUAUAUCCCAAUCAUUGGUCUGACUAUGGUGCACCGUUUUGGAAAGCACCUCUCUCCUGUGGUCCACGUCCUCAUGGGCAACAUCUAUAUCCUUUUCCCACCCUUGAUGAACCCCAUCAUCUACAGUGUCAAAACCCAACAAAUACGUAUUAGGAUCCAGAGAUGGUUCACUAAACCAAACUGA